UCAAAGUUUGUACAUAUUAAGUAAUAUCUAAUCUUAUAUUAAAAAAUGGACGAAUCAAAGAAAGAGCCUCAAACACUUAGUGUCGAAGAACUCAAAAUUAAGGGUAACGAAUGUGUAAAAGAUGGGAAAUUCAUUGAAGCAGUAUUACAUUAUACACAUGCUAUUAAAAUGGACCCUAGCAAUUAUGUUCUGUAUAGUAAUAGAUCAUUUGCAUUCCUGAAACUGGACCAACAUUAUUUAUCAUUACAAGAUGCAAAUGAAACAGUUAAAUUACAACCACAAUGGGCCAAGGGUUACUUUCGACGUGCUGAAGUUGAAGCUGCUAGUGGGCUGUAUGAUGAAGCAAUUGUCUCAUACACUAUAGCUUUAAAACUUGAUCCUCAAAAUCCGAAACUGCUGGAGUCCAUUAAAAAUAUAACUGACAUGCAAAAGCAAAAGAUACAAAGCAAUCAAAACACUAUUUGGAUAUGUACAUGUAUAGGAUUCAUUGUUGGUAUAGCUGUUGUUAUUCUGGAUUACUGUUGUACAACCAAUCCAACAUUAGGGCAUCCUUUCAGUAUGGUUGCAUUUUCAAUAGCAUUAGCUGGCUUAGGUUGGUCUAUUGGAAAGUCCGUAACAUUGAUGAAUACAUGGGGCGCAGGCAAGUCACUCCAGCCACCUGAGGAACUAGUCGGAAGUGACAAUGCAAAUAAAGAAACAACACAACCAGAAAAGAAGCCUAAGUAUAGUAAAGCGCAAGCAAGACAAAGGUUUAAGCAAGGAAGGCUUUAGUGAAUUUGAUGUUCAUUAGUUUUAAUGGGAAUACGGGAAUUAUUGUAAGAAUUUUGUUGUUUUUAUUAAUGAUAUACAAAAGACAUACCUACCAUUCUUUUGAAUGUAUUAACUUACCCUUAGUAAAUGAAUAUUUUAUAUAUAUAUAGCAUAUUAUUUGAGUGGAUCAACUUACGCUUUUUUCCUAUCACCAAUUUCUUCGAGAAAUUUUAAUUUAUUCCUGACACUUGACAUAAGGUCACAUUGUGUGAGGUACACAAUUGAUUACAAAAAUGCUAAAGAAGCCACAAACUUGAUCAGUGUAAGAGGGGAGUAAUAAAUUAAUAACAUUAUUUUAUUUAAUUACAUUGUUUGUUUAAAUACCUAAUUUCACUUUUUUGACUCUAACUUUUUACACAUAUAUACAAUAUAUUCACUUUAUCGCAAAAAAAAUGGGAAGUAAUGAAUUUUAUAGCAAUAAAAUUAUAAUAAGGAAGGUUUAUUUUUAAAUGGCUGGGAAUUACAAACUUUAUAAGAUAAUAACUUUUGAUCUUAAGAUAAAUCCUAUCAUAAAAAUGCUUCAUUUGUUAUUCACAAAGUAUUAAGAUGAUUCAUUCCUUAAGACAAUAUAAAUAUGAACUCCAUUAUAUAUAAAUACCACAACAAAAUGUUAAGUCACAUUUGAGCUAUUUUUAAAGAAAGAAUAUAUCUAAAUAUGUAAGGAUUGUUGGAGUAAAUUAAAAUUAUACAUAAUCCAAAUAAAAACUACCUAAGGGAAAAUAUUUUAUUGAUCCUAGUGUAUAAUAUUUAAAAAAAAAUGUUAUUUAUACAUUUUUAUUCAUACAAGUUCUUGGUCUCAUGUCCUUAAACAAUAAAAAAGGGGACUAAAGAUCUAUACAAGUGUAAUCUAUUAUAUUAACUAUUAAUGAUCUAGGAAUUUACAAUGCAUUUGAUGAUUGACUAAUAUGGACAUUGUCCUAGACAUUCCUUGUAGAAAUGCAUACCUUGUAACCAUCCAAGUACAUUUUUGUGCAAAUAUAUUUGACAUAUAAUUAUAAUAUAUCUUUUGAAUAACCAAAUGCAGUUAAAUAAAGGUGAUUUUUUUUCUGAAUGAAAUUUAUAACAGGGUCGUAUUUAUAAAACAAGAUAAAAAUAGUUGUUUAAAUUAAAUGAAGUACAAAUUCGUAGAUAACACAAUUAUACUGACGAGUUGUGCCAAUGAUUUGAAAGCCGGCAAUUUGUACAGAUUUUGACUGUCUUCUGCAUAUAAUAAUAAUGAAGUCUUCUUAUGUAAAUAUAUUCUAUAUCAAAGCUCCUUAUUCUAUAUUAAAUACCAUACCUUCAUGUUGAUAAUAAAACUCAGCAUUUUAUUUUGACAAAAUAUGUACUUACCUUAGUUAACAAGUAUAAAAGUUAUGCUAAUAUUCUAUAUAAAAGAUUUCAUUGUUCUAGACACUAAGACACUACGCCAUUUAAUAAUUAUUUCACCCAUUAGAAAACCUUUCUUUAUCUAUUUUUUUUUCUCAACAAAGCCUUAAUAUGAUAAUUUUAUGUACAGACAUCUUACAUGAUUUAGUGAAUAAGGAGCUUUGAAUAUGUAUUGAACAGUAUUAGAAUAUUGUUAGUUGUUUCAUAACUUUUGUAUUUCCGUGUAAAUGUAUAAAUAUUAAUUAUGUAUGAUUAUUGCAUCUGUAAACCAGUACUGCAAAUUGUAUUCAACAUAUGGUAACUAAUUCAUAGUUUCCACUAUAUGAUCAAUAUUAAAACUGAUUGUAUUUAAA